AUGGCUGAAAACAGUGAUCCUCUCGAGAUGUUUGAGGCGGGAGGGGAUGAUGAUAUCGACCUCUUCUUCGACAACGCUUACAGACCACGGCCACAUGCUGGAGAUCACCUCUACCUUCCACAUCCCAAUGCACCCGCUGCGUAUCAUAAUACCCGCCACGCUCGCCGCUCACAGGCUGCUCGAAAUCCAGUAAUACCGCAACAGCCGCAAGAAGCUACUCCUGUGAUCGACCUCACGGAAGAGCCCGAUUCUCCUGUACAACCACGAGCUCUUCUCGACAUCCUCCAGCCCGCGAGACCACCCCCAAGGAACCCGCGAAGAACGAAUUCCCAGCGCAUAUCACCGCCUCAGCUAGCACGCACCGAUGGUACUUUCGUGGGACGCACAGAAAAUGUUAUUGACUUGACUGCGGACUCACCUGAGGAAGACCGAUCACAUUUCAGAGGGAGACGGGAGGUACCGAGGCCGGACGAGCUGAUUGAGUUGGAAAUAAUAAGCCAGCGACCAGCUCUGGGAUCUCUGCCCAAUUUUGCUGCCUUUGGCCCCUUCAGGAGGUUGGCCGGUAUCUUUGGAGCAGCAGACAUUGCAUUCAACCCACCCAAUUUAGACAUUUCACGUAACGCAUUCGCACGACAACCAACCCCAAAGCCACAAAUGUCCCCACCGCCUCCAACUCGAGAAGGGUUCACUCGGAAUACCUGUACCGACCCGGAGAAGGAGUCCGAAAGCGUGGUUAUAUGCCCAGCCUGUAAUGAGGAGCUGGCUUAUGACCCAAGCGGCACAGUGACUCAGAGCUCUAUGGGCCAGCAGAAGGGCAAAAGAAAGCGAGCGCCGGGAGAACACCACUUCUGGGCCGUCAAGAAGUGCGGACACGUCUAUUGUGCCGAUUGUUAUGAGAACAGGAGGCCUACGAAGACGAACCGUGGCGUAGGCUUCCGAUCCCCUGACGGGCGACCUGCGCCCACAACUUCAAAUGACCUCCGAUGCGCAGUGGACGGUUGUGAUAGCAAGGUAUCGCAAAAGUCGGAGUGGGUGGGAAUCUUCCUUUGA